AUGCAUAGGCUGGAAGAUGGGCGCACCCUGUCUGACUACAACAUCCAGAAAGAGUCCACCCUCCACCUGGUCUUGUGUCUGAGAGGUGGUAUGCAGAUCUUUGUGAAGACCCUGACGGGCAAGACCAUCAUCCUGGAGGUGGAGCCCAGUGACACUAUUGAGAAUGUAAAGGCCAAAAAUGAGGACAAGGGGGGAGAUUACCAGCCCAUUGUGCCAGGACUUGGCACAGAGAAAGCCUUAAGAGACAGGGAUGAGGAGGAGGAGGAGGAAGACGGCAGAAGACGGCUGAAAGCUACUGCCAUCCUGUAUUCGGAUCUGCCUGGGGGUGGGACUGAGGGAGGAGGGAAUAUGGGCAGAAGCCAGAGCUUCCCUGUACCCCUCACCUGCCUCUGGGUGUCAUUGCCCUCUACCCAUGGACACAAGCCUUUCCCUCUGACUCUGGCCAAACUGGAUGACCAGGGUGGCCCCCCAAAGGGACACCUGGAUGUGCCUCAGGCAACUGUUCUCUGUGAUGCUACCACUCUCACUGAACUCUGUAAUGAUGUGCCUGAGGUGGAGAUCAUUACCCUCCUUGGGGAGCAGCUGCCCCAUUACAAACUUCGAGCUGACUCUGUCUUUGGCUAUGAACAUCAUGACUGGAUUCAGACUCCGAUGGUACCCCCUGAUGUCCCCAAACACCUGACACCCACUCAGAUCCAGGAAACACUGCAAUAUUUCUUGCUCUGCUCCGAGAGAGUCAGCCAAGUUACCAAGACCUAUCAUGAUAUUGAUGCCGUGACCAGCCUACUGGAAGAGAAAGAACGGGACUUGGAGCUGGCAGCCCGGAUCGGCCAAUCUCUGCUGAAACAGAAUUGCUCCUUGUCUAAGCAGAAUGAAUUACUGGAGGAACAGCUGGAGUUAGCCAGGGAGGAGAUUGCUCAGCUUCGGCAUGAAGUUGCUAUGCGUGACAAUCUCCUCCACCUCUAUACGGACACUGUUGAGGAAAGCGAGCCAUCCAGCGCCGCCCCCACACCACUUCGCCAUUGUGAUUCCUCAGUUUCUCUUCAGCACUGUAUCCAGUUGGACACCCUGCAGCAGAAGCUGAAGGGCUUGGAGGAAGAGAAUCAGCAGCUCAGGCUGGAGGCCACCAGCAUCGUCACGGAGACCUGCCAGUAUGAGGACCAGGAGCAGCAGCUGAUGCUGGAUUGUGUGGAGCAGUUCUCGGAGGUGAGCCAGCAGGUAGCUCUGUUGACAGAGGAACUGGCCCGAAAGACAGAGGACCAGGCCCGUCAGCAGGAGGAGAUCAGUACGCUCCUGUCCCAGAUUGUGGGGCUUCAGCAACGGUGCCGGGCGUAUGGGACAGAGAUGGAAGAGCUGCAACAACACUUGGCAUCAGCCAAAGAGGUCCAGAGGAAACUUCGGACAGAGGUGCAAGACCUACAAGAGAAAUAUGCUGAGUGUGAUGGGUUGCUGAAUGAAGCCCAGGAAGAACUUAAAAAACUCCGUCUCCAAAGCCUGCCCAGUGGUACCAUCAGCCACUACAACAGUGUGUAUAGCCUGCCCCUGGAUUCCCUGGCUGCAGAGAUUAAAGGGACAAUGAGAAAGGGAAGUGAGAGUCCCUCAUCUUCUGAUUACAGGAACCUGCGCCGUGUGUUUGAGACGGUGAAGGCUGUGAACCAGGGCAACAGGUCCCGGUCGGGCAGUGGCUCUCUCCAUGCCCUCCCCGGGUCGCCCCCACCCUCUCUGGCUGGCAGUCCAUCUGGCACGCCCCCUACAAACCGCCACCGCCCGAUCCGUUCCCAUGAUGGUCUCCUGUUGGAGGAGGCCUCUGGGGAGGAAGAAGAGAAGAAGGCGGGUUGCCCGGGCACCCCUGGGAGCCGGGACCUGGCUUUGGCUCUGCAGCGGCUGGCAGCUUGGCAGGAGGCCCAGGAGGCAGAGCCAGGCCUGGAGAAGCUGGGUCGGGAUGCUGAGAGUUCUAGUGGGGUCCUGACUCCCAGUGAGAGCCUUCUGUCGGUCAGCUCGGACCCCCCUGGGGGCUCUAUCUUCUCCAUGGGCUCCCUCGCCUACCUGCCUGACAAACUGCAGAUUGUCAAGCCCCUGGAAGGCUCGGUGACUCUGCACCACUGGCAGCAGCUGGCUCAGCCCCACCUGGCAGGGAUCCUGGAUCCUAGACCUGGUGUGCUCACCAAGGAUUUCCGUCAACUGGAGGUGGAUGUGGAGAAGGUAUAUAGUCUUCAGGAUCCUGAAGAAGAUGAGGAGGAAGAGGAGAAGGUGGCGGCAUCCAAGGCACCGUUGACCAAGGACAAGGACCAUCCCCUAUCCUUUGCUAUUCUGCCACCCCCUGCUGCAGUCCCGCAGAGGGCAUAAGCCCCUUCCAUCCACGGCCUCCCCAGGCCCUGCUUUCUCUUCUGAAGGAACAGGGCAUCUCUGCCAUCACUGAGCCCACAUUGCUUCCAACCUUGGUUCCAAGCUGGAGAGGCUGGCCUCUGGGAAGCUUUGGUCUUGCCAGAGAACUGCAUCACGAUGGGUGGGGGGCCUCAAGAUGGGGUGGGGGAUCAAGAUGGGGUGGGGGCUGGGUUGGUCAGGAGAGGACCAAUGGCUUCAGCAUCAAUUUGGUACAGAAGCUUCGGCAGCUGGGGUUGGACUGUGUGGUAGCCAGAGGGGCUUCAAAGGGUUGGCAAGUUGGGGCUCGAGAGCCCCCUGAUCCUGGCCCAGCUCCCAGACAGGGGACAGGUUGACUGGUGCUGAGGGUAGAAAGGACCCCUGAGUGUGUUUUUUCUGGGGAGGCAGGGUACGUCUCUUCCCUCACCCUUUGCCAUCACCCUCAUCCUAUUGCUGAGAGGCAGCUGAAGUUGAGUUGGGACCCCCUUCCUUCCUCUCCCUAACCAUUCCUAGACCCCCCACACAUACACCCUGAGUUCCACCUCACAUCUCCACUUACCACAUGCACUUUCUAGGACCUGGCACUUAGUUUCCCUGAACCCCUUUACUCCUUCCCCCUACCAGCUUAGUCUUGGUUGUAAAUAGAGGAUAAUAUAUUACUGUGGUGAGGAGUUCUCUGUCCUGAGUCUUCUUACCUGUGAAUAAUGUAAGAUAGUAAGAGCCUGAGCUCAUGUCCCUGGAUUCCCUACCUACUACCCUAUUUUUUUUUUUUUUGUGAGGCAAUUGGGGUUAAGUGACUUGCCCAGGGUCACACAGCUAGUAAAUGUCAAGUGUCUGAGGCCGGAUUUGAACUCAGGUACUCCUGACUCCAGGGCUAGUGCUCUAUCCACUGUGCCACCUAGCUGCCCCCACCCUAUUUUUUUUUAAAGCUUUCUGCUCUAAAAGCUGCCACUUUUUACAUGUGCACUGUUGGGGAGAGGUAGCUAAGACCCCUGCCCCUUAUAAUCACCAUAUGGAUGCUCAAGAAAUUCAUCUGAGUUUUCCCUCCUCUGUGGAGGUGACUCAGGGUCAUGCAAUAAACGAUAUGAUCUCGGUGA